ACGACCUCCAGGACAUGCUGCAUCGCCUGCAAGCACAAUUGGGUCAACGCACCGAACGCUGUGCAACAGGGUCGAGCAUGCGCCUCACCGUCUGCCCUGUUCUUUGCACCACCGCCUCGCGCGCCGAGUAGCGGGAGGGCCACGGCCAUAUACUGCGGCAUCCGCCAAACGAGGUUCGACGAAAACGUCGAAUGCGGCCGCCGGCUCUAGAAAUGAGCAGCGGUCGCGAUAACGAGGAGGUCGAUGUAGCCCGCGCGGUCCAGUGCGAGGACCACGGUGCGCUGGCCGUCGACGAUGGUGACGACGACGACGGCCUGCACGGCGCGCUGAGCGACUUUGUCUCCACUCGCCCGGACCUGCGCCAGCUGCUCAACCUGCGCACGAUCGAGUUCCCCAAGCAGGGCGUCGGUUUAGACUCGGAAUUUGCCAUCACCGCGCCAAUCUGGACCAAGCAGCCGUUCAAGCUGGCCUACAUGCUCUACUUUGGCCUCUCCAUCGGUCUCUUCUGGCUCCCCGUCUGGGCGCUGACGAGCAUCCCACUCAGCGGCCGCGGCCACCACAGCUGGUGCUGGAGGCGUGCAGUCACCGUCAAGCUCUUCCGCCGCGCCAGCACGCUCACCUACAAGACACACCUCACCUUCGGCAGGGACCUCAGCGUGGAGGUGCCGCACAGCGCGACCCGGUUCGGCAAGUUCACCUGGAUCGACCCUGUGCGCGAGGACCAGGUCCGCGGCGACGUCCGGCGCACAAUGCUCGAGCAAGGGCUCCGCCCCGCACGCGUUGCGGGCUUCUGGUACGGCGACAACGCGCCAGAGGACCCCGCUGCAACCGCGCACAGCUCCGAGAGCCGUCGCUUCGUGUUUCCCAAAGCUCGCCAAGGCGAAAAGGUGCUCUACCACUGCCACGGUGGCGCCAUGUUCCUCGGUACCGCACACGAGCAGGACAUCACUGCGGCCGUCAGCCUGCAGUCGCUCGCGGCGCUGAAGCACCUGUACCAGUCUUCUGCCGCCUAUGCGGACAAGGUGGCGGCGGGGGGCGCGCCGCCGCCGAGCAAGUGCACGCGAUCUUUCUCGAUCGACUACAGGCUCUGCGUCCCUGGUCGGCCCGCCCUCGGCAGCUGGCCGGCGCCGCUGCUCGACACGCUUGCCGGCUACCUGUACCUUGUGCGCGAGCUGCGCUUCGACCCGGACAAUAUCAUCCUCGUCGGUGACUCGGCCGGCGGCAACUUGUGCCUGGCUCUGUGCCGCUACUUGCGCGACGAGCACAUUGAGCGGGUCCCCGGAAAGGUCCUGCUGCUCUCGCCGUGGGCGGACAUCUCGCGCAGCCAUGGAGGUCCGCUCGAUGCGCCCAUGCGCGAUGCCAGCGCCCACCGCAACGCGCACUCCGACAUCAUCAGCAGCGAAGUCGCCUUCCGCAACACGGCCGUCUCGGCGCUACUCGGCCAUCUCCCCGCGCGCGAGGCGUACCGCAACCCAUACAUCUCGAGCGUCUCGCUGCACCUCUCUCUCGAACACGGCGGCGCCGGCCCGCACUUUGGCUUCGAGCACUUCCCCGACAAGGUCCUCGUCACGACCGGCACGGCCGAGAUCAGCUAUGACCAGCACAUCACCCUCGCUCACCGCCUGGCCGCCGGCACGCGCCGCGGUCGCCCAGUCUACGCGGGCGACCGCGUCAGCGCGCAGUGCGACCCCGGCGCCAUGUGCGACCGCCUCGCGUUCCCGCGUCCCGCCGACGCGCAGCUCGACCUCAGCAGGGCCAACUCGGCGCUCUCGCUCCAGGGUUCCCACCCCAGCGCUGCCGCUACGGAAUAUCCCCGGCCGGCAACGGGUGCUGCUUGCGGCCAGAGCGUGCGCACCGCGGUGCGCUGCCAGAACACCUCGCUGCUGCUGCCUGCGUCCACUGCGUCUGAUGCUGCUGCUGCGCCGCCGCGCGCAAAUGCGCAGACACAGCCGCUCGAAGAAGGUUGGGGCGCCGUCACGCCCGUCUUCGAGAGCUCGCCUUCGCACUUGCUCGGCCAGCCGCUUCCGUCGGCCGCUGCUUCUGCGAACUCCCCUGCCACGCAGGGCCGUCCCGACGGCAGCGGCAGCGCUGCCGGCCGCAACAGUGACAACGACCACUCCAGCGACCACGAGCUUGGCGUCGCGCAGACGCUUGCGUCGACGCCGAUCCUCGAGCAGCCGCCCCUGUCUUCCCAGCUUGGCAACGGCCUGAAGCGAGCGGGCGGCUCGUACGCGUCGUCCAUCCACCGCAAGUACACGGACGCCGGUGUGACAAUCAUGCAGGCACCGCUCGAGGUGCGUGAGGUGGUGCUCCACGAGGUCGAAGGGGCUAUUCACGACUAUCUACUGUUCCCUUGGUUCGAGCCGCAGCGCUCGCGGACUUGGCGGUAUAUCGCGCACUGGAUCGAGGACCUGGAUUUCUCCUCCAAGGACUCUCACGAAUGAACUGUGGCUACGAAGCGCCAAGCUCUCGGGGGCCGCCAGCAAGCCCACUUCCUGCCCUUGGUGCCAUCGGCCGUCAAACUGUCGGUCACCCGCAUAAGCAUUUUAAUCUCACUUGACGCCGCCUCGCUUCCUUCCCGUCUCUUUAUAUAUGUCGUUCUGUAUGCAGGCAACGCCUCUUGCCACGCACAUUCUCCAAGCAUAUUGAUUAGAUGAUCCCGUAAUGUAGCAUACAUACUUUGUCCUUGCGCGGAGUUUCCC